UCCUCUUCACUUGUUGAGAGCGGCUCCUGCACUCCUGCGUGUGUUUUGGUGAACGUCGUCCUCCUGACUGAAUCUGGUUCCUGCAGCCUCGUCGUCCCUUUGUCGUCCCACGACACGUAAAUAAUUAGUUGUGUGGUGUUCGUCCUCAGUUCGGAGCGUGAGCAGCUCUGCUCCUCCUUCCAAUAGCCACUGUCUGUCUGUCUGUCUGUCUGUGUGUGUGCAAGCUGCUGCAGCUCACUGAGGGUCGUCUGAGCAGCGGGAGCAGAGGAUUGCAGAGGAUUCUUCUUCGAAACUGCUGCUGAUAUUCAGGCACGAUGCAGGCUGCUGAGAAGGCGGUGGACGGCGACCUGCUGCCUGACGGCAACGGGAAGGACCCGAACCCCGGUGGACAGACAGAGGGCUCAAAGUGGCAGAAACCCCGGUUCACACGCAAGUCGCUCAUGAAGUGCUGUCUGGUGAAGUGGAUCAUCGCCAGCACUACGCAGCAAGGGCCAGAUGACAGCAGCGACAGCGACCUCGAGCUCUCCAUGGUGCGCCACCAACCCGAAGGCCUCGAGCAGCUCCAAGCCCAGACCCAGUUCACCAGGAAGGAGCUGCAGUCGCUUUACAGGGGCUUCAAAAAUGAAUGUCCCAGCGGACUCGUGGAUGAAGAAACAUUCAAAACCAUUUAUUCACAGUUCUUCCCUCAAGGAGAUGCAACCACAUACGCACAUUUCCUGUUCAAUGCCUUUGACAUGGACCGAAGCGGCUCCAUCCGGUUUGAGGACUUUGUGUUGGGGUUGUCUGUGCUGCUGAGAGGCUCUGUCACAGAGAAACUCCGGUGGGCGUUUAACCUGUACGACAUCAACAAGGACGGCUACGUCACAAAAGAGGAAAUGUUGGCAAUAAUGACGUCUAUUUAUGACAUGAUGGGCAGAUACACUUUACCCAGUGUACGAGACGAUUCCCCCUUUGAGCAUGUGGAGAAAUUCUUCCAGAAAAUGGAUCGUAACAGAGAUGGAGUGGUGACUAUAGAUGAAUUCAUAGAAACUUGCCAAAAGGAUGAAAACAUAAUGGCUUCCAUGCAGCUCUUUGAGAACGUCAUUUAGUUUCUGUUCAAGAAUUUCUGGUCGCUAAUGAUGCCCAGUGCUUCAAGCUACCACAUCCUGCCCCUGAAUGACUUCAUUCACACGGAAAAGGGAAAAAAAAGAGUCAUGCGACAGAUUCGGCGGAAUUUAACAUAAACUGGCGCUAGUGGAACUGUUCCAUGCAGAGAAAUGUGCAGGGUUCACCCAACCACCCGAAGAGGAAGUUUUUCUUUGCACGACAGUUUUAUUUCGUUUUUGCACACGAAAGAAGCCAACGUCGUCGUUGCCAGAUGUGCAUGAGUGUUUGCCUGACAUUAAAAAGCAUGUGACGCAAAGCACUUUGAACACAAACGAAGGGUUUUAUUUUCACCACUUUGAUCAAAUGAGACUAUUAAAAUGCAAAUAAUAAUAAUAAUAAUGACCUUUAGACUAUUGUCUGAUUGUGAAGUCAUUGCAAUCAACACCUGCUGAAACACGCAUCGUCCUACUGAUACAGAUCCCUUCUAUUUUAUGACGUUAUUUGCGACAGACGUAUGAUCCAAAUAUGUGCACAAUCCCUCUUGCAAAACUGAAAAUUUUAAUAUCUGCCAGUCGCAUUGUAUUCAACGUUGUGGAAGUGUAAAGCUCUGAAAGAAAAAAAAAGCAAUAAAACAAAGUUUUAAGCAACUUGGUGCGUGCAGACAGUUAAUGUCUCACUGCAUUAACACAAUGUCAGACUGUGUCUCUCUGCUCAAACCGAACAAGGCUCCAGUUGUUCUAUGUGUAUGUACCCCACAUUACAUCUUCCAAACCCAGAUUGUUUGGUCGUUUUCAGCCUUUCUCUUUCAAACAGUCAUUUCUCCUUUUUUCCCCCUCUACAUCACGGUCUUGGAAUGUCGUGCAUAAGUGCACUAAAAAGCCUCAGAACGUUUAUCAGGGAUCAGUCUGCAGAUUUUUGUUCUUUUUCACCAGACCCACAUCAUGGUGUUAGAUAUGUCAAAUUAAUCUUAGAAAUAAAGAUAUUUACAAUGCAAAACACUU